CCCUCCCACCGGGGACUAGCUCAAGUCAACUUGUGGUGAAGUCAGAGAGCAGAGUCACUCAACACUUGACCACAACCCGAGAGAAGACUUCACCUACUUGUCCGAGGACAUGCAGCAUGCAGAUAUUUAUUCGGAACUUAACAAGAGGACGCCCAAGUACGACAAGAUAGCGCAGGUCCUUAAGGACAACCAACAUCUGUUCCAAUGGGAGCCUGAAGAGAGGAUCCUGGACGCAGGUUGUGGUCCUGGAGACAUGACUUCCUGCGUCAUCCUUCCCUGGCUCCCUCAGGACUUCCAGCUACUCCUGGGAGCAGACGUAUCUCCCGCAGUCAUAGAACACGCCCUCAAACACAAUGCGUCUGAAAAAGUCAAGUUUGAAGUUUUGGACAUCGCGGUAGACAUUUCUAUGUUCCUGCAAAAACAGGAAAGUUCCGCAGGGUUCAACAAAAUAUUCUCCUUCUAUGUAAUGCAAUGGCUUCGAGAUCUAAGGAAAGGAGUAGAAAAUCUCUACAGACUUCUAAAACCCGGGGGACAAAUGCUACUUUUAUUUCCGGCUGAUCGACUUUUUCAGAAAACGUUUAUGAAAGUGAGGAGUAAAGACCCCUGGAAGCAGUAUUCGAAGGACGAAGAAAGAAAAAUACCACCAUUCCUGAUCAGUGACAACCAAUGUGAGGAGUUCAAACGGAUGUUGCAAGAUAUUGGGUUUGAGACUAUCAAGUGUGAACUCAAAAAGUACUCCACCCACUUCGACCAUGUGGAGGACAUCAAAGACCUGGCGGAGUCGCUGGACCACGAGAUAGACCAUGUUCCAGCAGAGCUGCGGCCCGAGUACCUACAGCACUGCUACGACACGUUGGUAGACAUGGGUGCGGUCCAUCCAGGUGACUCUGGGCUAGAGUUGACACAAUCCAUGCUGCUGGUAGUGGCCCGGAGACCAUCACAGUGACAAACACUUGUAUCAAGAAUAUAUCUAACUUGAAGUGACACUAUUGAUAGCUUACACUUUUUUUGAUUGCACUGGUCCAAGACAUUUUUCUCACAGUGAUUUUCAAAUGCACGUAAAUAAAUAUGCUACGCACUGCCAUGUUUUCUGCAAAGUGUUUCGUUUCUUACCGUCUCACUUUGAGAUUAAACUGUUGCACUUUGUACCGAAAUACUUUAAUCAAGACAAUCUGCAGUGUACGUGAUUGAUAAUUUUAUUUUCCUGUAUCAGAAGAAUAGAUUUUACACAAUAAGUUUUAAAUUUAUUCAUUAGAUGUAGUACUGAUGAUGUGCAUAAUACACUUUAUACCACCUCA